GAAGUAGAUGUUGGCCAGGAAUCGAUACGAAUCAAGACACCAGCAGUAAUAAGUGCUGAUCUGAGAUUGAACGAACCAAGAUAUGCCACAUUACCGAACAUCAUGAAAGCCAAAAAGAAACCACUGGAAAAGAAGAAACCAUCUGAUUAUGGCGUUGAAAUUACACAGCAAACCCAAAUUCUUGAGGUAACAGAGCCACCGGUUCGGAAAGCAGGCGGAUUUGUGGAGGAUGUGCCGGCGCUUGUUGCUAAACUCAAAGAGAAAGGCGUCCUGUAAAU